CUGAGACAUGGGAAAGUCACCAAAGAGGGAAAAUUUAAACCCAACAGCCUGGUCUACCGUACUAAAGGUGGGCAGGUAUUGCUGCACAGAUCUACAGUGAACAGGAAUGAGGAGUAUUUUAAAAGCCGUUGGCUGACCUAUUUCAUGGCUGUGAAAUCCAAUGGGAACGUGUUUGUUCGUGACUCCUCCAUGGUCCAUCCAUUGACUCUGUUAAUGCUACCAGAUUGUGACAUUGACAUCAAGGAGGAUGGUGACUCUGUGCUGCUAACGCUGGCUGACUCUAGCCUCCUGCAACUUGAGCUGGACCCGAAGACAGCCUAUUUGCUAUACAGCUUCCGCAGAGCUGUACACAAGAUGAUCAAGACCUGCCUGCGAUAUGAGCUCCCAGAAAUAUCCUCUGAUCUUCAGAAAGAACAUGGGGAAGUGCUGUCAUUGCUUGUGGAGCUCUUGAACUGCUGGCCAGCAAAGUGAAAGAUGCACUAGGAGAGGGAGAGGUGGCAACUAAGCUUGUAUUGUAUUCUGUAUCAGAAAUGCUUGAUCUACUGUAUAAAAGAGAUUAUAAUCUGCUUUAUUUAGUGUGUUGAGAGGCUAAAACUGCUCAACUUUCUGCAAAAUUACUUGAAACUGAUGGGCAGACCAGCCUAGCAUCUCAGAUAACUUAUAUUUAUAAUGGAUUGUGUAUGUAAAACUGUGUAAUUGGAAUAAUUUUAUUAAGCAAGAGCCCAACUAACUGGGUGAAUGUGUUUCUAUAUGGACAAUGUUUUCUGAGUUCCAUGAUUGGAAAAUUUAGUUAAAGACUACAAGUUUGUCAA